GGGGCGCGGCCCGGAGGGGCGAGAAAGCGGCAGCGCCCCGCCCCGCAGGCACCACGUGCUCCGCCGCGGACCUUUUGUGAGGCCGCCCGGCCCUCCGCGCGCCCGCGCGCCGCCGCCGCCCGGCUCACCUUCGACUCCGGCGCCCGUAGCCGCCGCCCCCGUAUCGGCGGGGUGGCGGUCCCCGGCGGCUGUGGUGCGAGUCGGGGGGACGGCCGUAGCGCGCCAUCUGCACGCGCAGCUCGCGGCCGUCCAGCACCGCCCCGUCCAUGGCAUCCAUGGCGUCCUCGGCGUCGCGUUUGUCGUGGAAGCGGACGAAGGCGAAGCCGCGGGACUCCUUGGUGUAGCGGUCCCGCGGGAUGUACACGUCGCCCACGCGCCCGUACUUCUCGAAGACGCGCCUCAGCGUGUCCGGCGAGGUGCGGAUUGUCAGUGGGUUCGUCCCGAGGAGAGCCGACUGCCCUGGGCUGCUGCUGACCUCCGGCAGAGCUGAGCCAAAAUGUCCCCGGAAUCUAAAAAGCUUUUCAACAUCAUUAUUUUAGGAGUUGCCUUUAUGUUUAUGUUCACUGCCUUUCAAACUUGUGGAAAUGUGGCGCAAACUGUCAUCAGGAGCUUAAACAGCACAGAUUUUCACGGCAGUGGAUAUACCAGCAUGGCAAUAAUUUAUGGAGUGUUCUCUGCUUCCAAUUUGAUUACACCUUCAGUAGUUGCCAUUGUAGGACCUCAACUCUCUAUGUUUGCCAGUGGUUUGUUUUAUAGCAUGUACAUUGCCGUUUUUAUCCAGCCUUUCCCAUGGUCCUUCUACACAGCCUCUGUUUUCAUUGGAAUUGCUGCUGCUGUGCUUUGGACAGCACAAGGAAACUGCCUGACAAUAAAUUCAGAUGAGCACACUAUUGGGAGAAACAGUGGAAUUUUCUGGGCACUUCUGCAGUCUAGCUUGUUCUUUGGAAAUCUCUACAUAUAUUUUGCCUGGCAAGGGAAAACUCACAUAUCAGAGAGUGACCGAAGAACAGUGUUUAUUGCCCUAACAGUGAUUAGCCUUGUGGGGACAGUUCUCUUCUUUCUCAUUCGGAAACCAGACUCUGAAAAUGUCCUAGGAGAAGAUGAAUCUUCUGAUGAUCAGGACCUGGAAGUCAAUGAGUCUACCCAGAACAAUAUGACAAAGGCAGUAGAUGCAUUUAAAAAGUCUUUUAAGUUAUGUGUCACCAAGGAGAUGCUCCUUCUUAGUAUUACAACUGCUUAUACAGGUCUGGAAUUGACUUUCUUCUCUGGUGUAUAUGGAACAUGUAUUGGUGCUACAAAUAAAUUUGGCACAGAAGAGAAAAGCCUUAUUGGACUUUCUGGCAUUUUCAUCGGCAUUGGAGAAAUUUUAGGUGGAAGCCUCUUUGGCCUUCUGAGCAAGAAUAAUCGUUUCGGUAGAAAUCCAGUUGUACUGCUGGGCAUCCUUGUGCACUUUAUAGCUUUUUAUUUAAUAUUUCUCAACAUGCCUGGAGAUGCCCCUAUUGCUCCUGUGGAAGGAACUGACAGCAGUGCUUACAUCAAAUCCAGCAAAGAAAUUGCCAUUCUCUGCAGUUUUCUGUUGGGUCUUGGAGAUAGCUGCUUUAAUACCCAGCUGCUUAGUAUCUUAGGCUUUCUCUAUUCUGAAGACAGUGCACCAGCGUUUGCUGUUUUCAAGUUUGUUCAGUCUAUUUGUGCAGCCGUGGCAUUUUUCUACAGCAACUACCUUCUCCUUCACUGGCAACUCCUGGUCAUGGUGAUAUUUGGGUUUUUUGGAACGAUUUCAUUCUUCACGGUGGAAUGGGAAGCUGCCGCCAUUGUAGCCCGAGGCUCUGACUACCGAAGUAUCUGAUCUGCUGCCCGAGGGGGGCAUGUGACUGGAGAAUGCACUGCUGGACGUGGAGCUGCGCGGAAGGAGCCGCCUUUCGUCUUCACGGUGUAUUGGAUGAUGUCCAGUAAGGAAAUUCAAAGAAUGAAGACUGUUAGAUCAGCCAGAACUGACGUUCAGGUUUACAGAUGUGAGCUAUUUAAAACAAGUGGAAUAAGGGAAAGUCUGUCAAUUGUAAUUGUUCAAAGAUGUUUUUCAAUUCAUUAUCUGAAGUUCCUUAUAAUCAUGUUAUAGAAUGUAGACCUUCUCACUCCUGUUCUCACUGAAAGAUCCUGCCUUGAUUCAGAAUACAAGGCCAUAUGUCAUCCAAAUAUUUCUUCUGGGCCUGGAGUAUGUUUACUAUGUAAUAAUUGGCAGCAUAUGCGACUCCCCAUGUGUGUCAGGAAUGACACUUAAAUAAAUAGCGAGAUGCUGAAAUGAAA